CUAGCUUGGACCCUCUCUCUCUUCCCGGCGGAGCGACGACGAUGUUUGCGGCGAGAGUACGAGCUUCCCUAAAACCUUUGUUCCAUGGAAGACGCAGCUCCACUUUAAGCCGAAAUUGUGAAAUUGCAGCGAUUUCGAAGCGUAUACCACUUGAUAGAUUCAAUGAUGGAAUCGGAGUAGGAAUCAAACUUUUAAACCGCGCAUUUCAUAGUUCUCCACAGUGUUAUUCAUCUGAAGCUGAUGUAGUAGUGAAAACUAUCAAUCCUGCUGCGUUAUUUGCUUCUCUGGAGGAUGCUUUUGUAGCGGAGGCAGAGCCUUUUCAGGUUGAGAAACCAGAGCUUUCUAAGAAAACUAAAGGCAGGAAGACGAAGAAGCAUAAACAAGCUGCUGAUUCAAUUUCGAGACCAAAGUUGUUGACUGAAAAGCCACAAGUUUCUCGGAAAACUAAUGGUGAGAGGAAGACGGACGCACAUGCUUCUUCGCCAGCAAGAAAUGUUACGGAUUCAUGUGUUUCAUUCUCCAAGCCAAGCAAGUCAUCGUCUCCAAUCCCAGAUCACGAGUCCAUUGCGAAGAACAAAGCUAGCUCCAAGGGUUCUUCUACCUCUCGUUCACGUUCAAAUCAUCCCUCUUUGGCUGUCGUUAUAAGGAUUGGUAAUCUAAACUCAAUAACAACUGAUUCAAUGAUACACUCGAGGUGCUCGUCGAUUGGCUCUCUUGAGGGGCUUUCUAGGGUUAAUGAGGACAGUGUUGACGUUUUGUUUCGAGCGAGAAACAUGAACGAAGCAAAUUCUUUACUGGAAAAGCUAAACGAUGCAACCGUAGAUCACUCUCAGUGGAUGGCUGAGAUUGUACCAGAAGCCGAAGAAGCUUGUAGAGAUCAAAUGGGUACGAGGAUCAGUAGCUGUAUCGAGGAUCUGGAGAAACAACUAAUGAUGCGACGGAUACUUGUGAAAGACUAUGAAGUUCUGCUGCAUUCGGUAAUGCAUCUGGAGAAUCAGCCAAUGGCUCGAGAAUGAACUAAAGCUUACGGGUCUUCUCAUGAAGCCUAAUGGCGCUUUUGGGUUAUUGUUGAAUCUUGCAGUGACACUGAUAAGUAAUUGAAUUGGGGGUUAACUUGGUGCAAUUUUAACGUAAGGGAGUGUAACAAAACUAUUACGAAUUUCAGGGGGUAUAAAGUUCUUAAAAAUCCAUUCGUGAUGGUGGAUUACUACCUUUGACAAGGCCCGUUAAAGCAGCCUAUUACUGAUAAGCCCCUUAUACUAAAUUUACAGUUUUAACCGUUUUUAGUUCCCGUUGUAAAUUGUAAAUUUAAACUUCAAACUCAAUCUACAUGUAAACGUAAACAUAAAUACAAAAG